GGCGGCGCCGGCGGCGGGCCGCGCUCCCCGGUCGGUGCCGCUGCUGGCGGGAUGUUCGAGGCGCGGCUGGUGCAGGGCUCGGUGCUCAAGCGGGUCCUGGAGGCCCUCAAGGACCUCAUCACCGAGGCCUGCUGGGACCUGGGCUCGGGCGGCAUCAGCCUGCAGAGCAUGGACUCCUCGCACGUCUCCCUGGUGCAGCUCACGCUGCGCUCCGAGGGCUUCGACACCUACCGCUGCGACCGCAACAUCACCAUGGGCGUCAACCUCUCCAGCAUGUCCAAAAUACUGAAAUGCGCCGGGAAUGAAGACAUCAUCACUCUCCGAGCAGAAGACAACGCAGAUACGCUGGCGUUGGUGUUUGAAGCACCAAAUCAGGAAAAGGUUUCUGAUUAUGAGAUGAAGCUGAUGGAUCUCGAUGUGGAGCAGCUUGGAAUUCCAGAGCAGGAGUACAGCUGUGUGGUGAAGAUGCCCUCAGCUGAGUUUGCACGGAUCUGCAGGGAUCUCAGCCACAUCGGCGACGCCGUUGUCAUCUCCUGUGCCAAAGAUGGGGUGAAGUUCUCAGCUAAUGGAGAGCUGGGCAAUGGAAACAUCAAGCUGUCACAGACCAGCAACGUGGAUAAAGAGGAAGAAGCUGUCACAAUAGAGAUGAACGAGCCUGUCCAGCUGACCUUUGCUCUGAGGUACUUGAACUUUUUUACCAAAGCCACUCCCCUGUCACCUACAGUAACACUCAGCAUGUCUGCAGAUGUUCCUCUUGUUGUGGAGUACAAGAUUGCUGAUAUGGGACACUUAAAGUACUACCUGGCUCCAAAGAUUGAAGAUCAACAAGAAGGCUCUUAAUUGGAGUAGGACUGAUGGGGUGGGGGGAGACCUGGUCAGCUCUUGGGAGAGGACAACUGACUGGCAGUAGGAAAUUGGUGGUUUAGCAAUUCCAGUGUGUGGAACAUGGUCUGAGCACUGGGGUGUAGAUAUCUCUGUAAAUAUUUUUUAACUUUCUGCUCUGCUGAUGCCUUUGGAAAUAGGAAAGUGUGGGGUUUUUUUCUAGUCUAUCCCUGUACUCCCAGUAAUCUCUUAGGUGCUGAGGGUGAAAUAUCCUACUCCUCCUGAGUUAGAGAAGGGGUGAAAUAUUUAACUUUUCCGAAUAAAGAUGUUGCCUCGUUUCACCUGUGGAGCUGUAGCUGACUGUAGGGUUGUUGUUGUUCAGUUAUACCACGAGUUUAUUUGACCUUCCUUUCUUUUUUAUGCUCGUAUUCUAACUGAAACACCGAAAAUUGAAAUAAAGACUGUAAUUUCAUGGGGUUUAUCCUGUCUAAA